AUGGAUGUAGAUGUGGAGGAGAUUGGGGAGACAAAGGAGAGAAACUCUUCAGAAAAUUCUAGCUCUAGCUUUGAUGAUUCUAAUUCUAUUCCUAACUUAGAUGACGAUGAUGAUGAUAGGGAUGAGUGGCAAAGCAGUGGUCUGGUGGCCGGGAGGAGCUCCGGUGGUGGUCGGGUGGUGGAGCCAGGGAAGCCACCGGUGAGGGAGAGCACCGGUGGAGGGGCUGCAGGGAGCAGCAGUGGCUUUGCCAAGCAGCAGGGCCGAGGUACAGGCGGGGAGGCUGGGAAGCCGGAGUUGCAGCGCGGAGGAGGCCGCAAGGAGGUGUCGGCAGGGCAGGGGGCCGGAGUUAGUGCCGGCAGGGGCUGGGCCGGUGGAGUGGGGCCCAAGGUAGUCAGAGCUGCGACAGCGACAGGGUUAGGGGGCCCCACAGUACCCUAUGUACCAUGGGGAACCCCCCCAAAAUGA